CUAUCUGUUGAGGAUGUGAGAGGCUGUGGCUGCUUCUGCACCACCCCCUUCAUUUCCCCACAAUCAACAGGAAGACUUGAGGCCAAAGAGAGCGGCCACACUCUGCAGGAGAAGAAGGACGUAGAGGUCCAGUUGUACAGUAAGAACAAAGGAAAACAAUCAAAGCAAAGGAAUGAGCAAGAAUCAGAAAGAAGUAAAGAAAAUCCAGUCAGUUUAUCUGCAGAACUUGGAAAAACUAAACCAGGGGAUAAAGCCAGACAAGAAAAGUUGGAAACCAAAGGAAGGAGACUUUGCUGUGCAAACAGCCAUGGAAAAGCUGCGACAGCCUCCCAUAGCUGGAAAAGUAACCAAAAGCUCAGCACACAGAAUCAGCAGAGAUCUUACCUGCUCCAUCUGCUUGGAUCUUUUCAAGCAGCCAGUGUCCUUGCCCUGUGAUCACACCUUCUGCCAGGGAUGCAUUGAGGGUUACUGGAGCGGUCCCAGGGGCCCCGGGCAGGGAGGCACAGGCUCCUGCCCUCAGUGCAGGAAAGUGUACCCCGGACAAAGCUAUAGGCCCAACCGCAUCGUUGCCAACAUAGUGGAGAGCUACUGUCAGGGUCUGGAGGAGAGCGGGACUGGAGCCCACCUGGCAGAUGUUGGGGUGACAGAGAGGGUUCCUGCUCCGGUGCCACGCUGCAGCAGACACAGAGAGGAGCUGAAGCUUUACUGUGAGGAGGACCAGGAGCUGGUGUGUCUGGUGUGUGGUCUCUCCCAGGAGCACAGAAAUCACACCAUGGUGUGUGUCCAGGAGGCUGAACAGAAGUACAGGGCGUCUCUGAACAGCUCCAUGGAUUCCCUUAAAGUGGAGCUCAACACAGCGCUACAGUGUGACAGAGAAGCUGAGGAUGAGGUUAAAAAGCUUAAGGAGCACACCGCUGACCUGAAGCAGCGCAUUGAAGCCCAGUUCAGCGACCUGCACCAGUUUCUGUACCAGGAGGAGAAGCUGCUGCAGGUGAAGCUGAAGACAGAGGAGCGGAGAGAGCUGAUCCGACUGGACGAGCACAAGGCCCUGCUGUGCGUUGAGAUCUCUCGUCUGCAGAGAGCUGUCCACGAGAUAGAGGACAAGUUGAAAGAGCAGGACCAGUUCACUCUGCUCCGGAGCAUCAAAGUCCUGCUCCAGAGGCCUUCUCUCAAGUUUGAGAAACCUGCGUUUACACCGCCCAGUCUGUGCGAGGGUCGGUUUGCAGGGCCCCUGCAGUACAGAGUGUGGAAAUCCAUGAAAGGAAGUAUUUAUCCAGUUCCAGCAGCCAUCACAUUUAACUCUAGCACGGCCAACCCUUGGCUCAGCCUGACCUCGUCCCUCACCUGCGUACGCUACCAGACCUUUAACCACACCGUGCAGGACAACCCCUACAGGUUCAACGCUGCCCUGUCACUGCUCGGAAGCCAGGGCUUCACCCACGGACGCCACUACUGGGAGAUUGAAGUCUACAGCAGCACAGUCUGGACUGUGGGGGUGGCCCGAGAGUCGGUGCCCAGAAAGGGAGUCAUCAAAGCCCUCCCAGCCAACGGCUUCUGGACUCUCUCCCUCUCUUAUGGGAUACAGUACAUGGCCGGCACUUCACCCCCAACCGUCCUGUCCCUGGAGGAGCCACUGGCCAGAAUCGGAGUGUACCUGGACUACAAGAGGGGCCUGGUGUCCUUCUACAACGCAGAAAGCAUGACACACCUCUACACCUUCAGGGAGACCUUCACCGAGACGCUGUACCCUUACUUCAACUUGGGCUUUCUGGAUAAAGUGCAUGAAAAUGAGCCUCUCAAAGUUUUCUUACCAAAGAUUUAAAAAAAACUGUGACAAAAAUACAACUGAAAGUGGAACAAAAGAGUAAAACGUUACCAGACAAACAUGAAAACAUUUAUACUUUCUUUUGUACAGAAUUAGAUAAGACAGUGGAUUUCUAAGUGUGCAAUGUACAUUAGAUAUUAGAAGUAUCUGUUGAAUAGAUGUAUGUAGAGAUGUAUCUUAAAGGGGCCCUAUGGAGUUUUCUUGUAAACAAACAAAGAUUAUGUUUACACUCAGUGUUACUAACUACACUCUUCUUCUUCCCUGCCUUUGCUGGCACAAUGCAGCCUAUCUUGGCGUGUUACUGCCACCUGUUGAUCAGUGGAAUAGUGUGACACCAUUGGUAGGACUGUGCGUGCACCCACAAACAAAACAGGGACCCACUCAUAGAAAAACAGCUCCAUAGUGCCACUAGAGGUCUAAAACUCCACAAGGAACCUUUAAGUAAUAUUUUUGUAACACAUUGUUCAGUUUGUAGAUCUACUGCCACACGUUUCAUUUCAGAAACUGAAACUGUGCUUCAGUGAAGAAUGUGAAAGUGUCUGGUUACCCUACUGUUGUGAGAUUAAUGCAGUGUGCUAUUCUGGUUAUUUUAAUAAUUCAAUAAUCUUUCUUGUGCAUGAUACACUAAUACAUUCAAUAAAAUAACUUUAUCACUAUUUUUCUGAAAUGUUGAAAAGAUUUCCAUUAUGUUUUAGUUGAUUAUGUCAUAUCAUACUAAUGUUAAGCUUUUUUAUUGGUGCUGGUAGCAGAAGGGUGAUAAAAGAUAGGUCUUUUUCAUGUGAACAAGUGGUUACAAUUUUGGAUAUCUACUUUGUACUUGUUGUGCUAGAUGCUUUGACUGUACCAAGUGUUUACGCUAACUGAUCCGAGGGCUGAUGCAUGUUAAGUGGCACCCAAUAUAACACAGAAUUAUAUGAGUAACAUUUUAAUAAAAGCAUUUCUUGAACUUUC